CUUUUGUGCGGUGGACGAAAAGUUUAUAAUCACGGCGUAACAACAAAUAAUGUAAACAACGUAAAGCGAAAUUAAGUUUAACUACAUAUACACAUAUACAUACAUAUAUGUAUGUACAUAUUUAUGUACAUAUAAAAAAAAAGUUUUCACGUGAAUACACACACACAUAGAAAUGCACAAUUAUUAGAAACGUCAAAAUACAAAUCGCGCAAAACUGCCGGAAAUCAAUGUGAAAAAAUCGAAUGCGAAAUGCUAUGGAAUAUAACUAAAAUGCAGGAUACAUGCAGAUGCUGGUGAUGUUAUCAGUGAUUUCGAGGAAUUCGUUCAAGAUAUGGGUUGACUUACAUAUACUAAUAAUAAGUACUUGUAUGUAUGUGGGUCGUGAACUUGCAAAGGACGUACACAUCGGUAUUACACGGCGCGUGGGAGGAACAGUAUACAAACAAAGGCCGCAAAAACUGGAGCAGCAGUAGAAAAAUAUGUAUGAUUGGGUGUAUAUCAAAGUGACUUUUAGUUGUUGCAAGUGCAACGACAAUGGAAGUAUUGUAAUUGCAAUUACGUUGUGACGUCUUAGACACAAAAAGUCGCCAUUGGCUGAAGUUGGGGUUAACUAUAAGAAGCUCAUACCACUGCGUGUGUGAAGUUAAAACCAUUUGGUACGUAUACUAUGUACUACCAACGAUUAAUCACGUGAGGAUAAAAAACAUUAAGUACAUAAUCCUCCCAAUUUGACUGUGAUAAAAUGAAAAAGGGAAAUGCGUAAGAAAUUAAAUUGAUAUAGAAACCUGGAAACUGUGUUGACGGAAGAAAAAUGUUAAAAAUUGAAAAUCUAAUAUACAAAUAACUAAGAAUAUUAUAAAUGCAUAGCCAAUAUAUCAUAGCUUUACAAUUCAAUUAUAAUCAGAUAAAACGCUAUUUAUGUAUAUCCAAAUGGAGCGGACAAGUUGUGAUAGACCGUGUGGGUGGCAAUUGCGCUGAGCAAGGAAUGGAGUGAGAAAUAAAUCAUGUACUGAAAAUCUCUGUCGUCACAUGCUUAUAUCCAUAAGUUGAAAGCUUUAGCAAAGAGGAGUAGAUAAAAAGAAGCAUGUAACUACAUUUAAUCUAGUAGUUAUCACAGUGCUUUAGAUGUAAACAAAACACCAAUUUAUUACUAAGUACAUUUUUUAAAUAACAAUAAAACCAAUAAUUUAAUUAAUUUUUAUAUUUAAUAAAUUUAAUAUAAGUAUUAGCUUAAAGUUCUUUGAAAUACUUGUUAUGCCGCAAUCCGUAUCCUAACAUGCAACAACAAAUAUAAAAUAUGAAGAUAAUCAUGUGACUGGUGUUUUUACUACGAAAACGUCGAAUAACAAAACAACAGACUGCAAAAUAAACAACAAGCAUAAAUACAUACAUACAUAUGUAACUUUAUAGGUACACCGUGUUUAGUUAUUGAAAAAUCAAAUCGCACUGUAAUAAUUAAUUAAUCAACAAUUAACCGACGACUUUACUUUGCAGUAUUUAUGUAGCAUAUGUAAGUUAUGUAUUAAAACAAAAUACAUCGGCAUCAAUGAAAAUGCAAAUAGAAAUUGCUUUAAAAAUCAGACAGUAGGUGAAUAAUGGAAAAUAUCUCUACAAAUUGUUAAAUUAUGGACCUGGGUGUGCAAAAUCGAUUUCCAAAAAUUUGUUAAAAAAUAAACUCAAAAACAAAAAAAUUAUAAUAACAACAAGUAUAAAAGACAGCAAAAAAUAAAGCACAAAUUGUAAUUACAAUAACAUAAUUACAAAAAAGAAGAAUUUAUAUACAUACAAACAUUGUCUUUAAUACGCAGUUAAUAUAAAAUAUUAGGGAAUUUAAUGUGUAGUUUGAAAAUAUUAAAUAAAUACGCGAAAAUAGUAGAAAUAUAAACAAAAAUCAUAUACAUGCAUAUAUAGUGUCGUGCAUACGAAAUAUACAAACUUGUUGAAAAUAUGGAAAAUUAUAUACCAGUAUAGGCAUAAGUGUGUGUAACAACGAUUUAUGAAUUUACACCUAUGAAUACAUAUACGAUAAUUAUAUAUGCUACGUUAACCAGUUAAAAAAAAAUAAUGUAAUCGUAUGAGAAAAAACGCGAAUGGCCACAUAUUUAAAUAAAUAAUAGUAUCGAUUGUCACUAUAACUUCGAAAAAUUAAAUAGCACCAUAUAAAAUUUAAUGUUAAAUAGCAACAACGUAACUCGUGCAAAUAAAAACAAACAUACUCACAUACAAAAUUACAUUUAAAAACUUCAGUUAUUAAAAACAAUAAAAAGAGAAACAUUGCCAAACCACCGCCACUACUCCGAUAUUGCUCAGAGUCGGACAGGAAAGACAUAUGGACAAUCAAACUCUAAAUGCAGAAACGUCAUAACCUAACAUAUGGUCAUACCGAUUAAAUUUACCACAUGACGUGCUGCAAAGGCUCCCCAAAGCAUACCCUUAGCUACUAAAAUAAUUUGUCAAGUAAACCCACGUAAACACCAAUACUUGGAAAACAAACUCUUUUGCAACAAAACAAAAAAAUCGGGAAAAGUGUAUAAACAAAACUGAAUUGUUUCGUUGUUCGGUAAAAAAAGUGGAUGUGGGCGAGAGAAAAACGAAAGCGGCCACUGAUAGCAAUUGAGAUUUUAAUAAAACAGUGAUAACUGUAAAAACACCAACCCCAUUUUUGUACAACUAACUGUUAAUCAACAGAUGAGCGACUGUUAUUAUAUAAACUACAUUUCAGUCAACGUAUUUGGAAAUUGAAAGCACGCGAAAACUGAACUUUACAAAAGCUUUAAAACUCCCAUUAGCUUUUAUUUAACUAAGCAUUUGCUACAGCACUUUCAAAACUGUGCAUAAAAAGCUAAUUGUAUUGUUGUUACGAAAAAAAAAACCUGUUGCUCAAAUUAUAACUAGCAAUUACCGUUGAGUAUUAAAUAGUAUCCCACCAACACCCGUUAAAACAAGUCGUAUAAGUAACUAGUUAAUGUGAAACACCAAAAAUAUUAAAGCAAAAAAUAAUUUAAAUAAGUAAUAUUCGUGUAAUGCCUAACCCCAACACUGCUUCCCAAGAAACAUCCUUUCACUACUACUACUUCGCUUUAUAUUUCGCGCACUACAAGGACUCGCUUGUUAUAAAUCGCGUGUGUGCCUAGUGUGUUAAUUGAAAAUGUCCCAUAUACCCGACGAUGCCAGCAGUAUGAGUGACGACGUUUUCGAAGAUCCCGAGACCACGCAACGCCGCCUAGAGGAGACGGCACGCUAUCGCGCCAACUAUGCAACCAGCGGCAGCGGUUUUGGUGGCGGUGGCAGUAGCGGUAUCGGUUCCAGUCUCGGCGGCAGCAGCAGCAAUGCUUACAGCACCGGCUAUCCGGGUUAUCGUCCACCGGUUAAGGCAUUGCAAAUGUAUGCUCUUGAAGACGCUGUCUUUCAUGGUGAUGGUGAGGACGAUGAAUACGAAGAUGGUUGGCGUUCCUAUCGUUACGAUGAAGUUGGCAUGUACUGUCAACCGCCGCAGCCUCCGUUCGAUGACACGGUCAAUCAUAAGACAAUAUUGCUUGGCGAUUCCGGUGUUGGUAAAACAUCAUUCCUGGUAAAGUACAAUACGGGCGAGUUUCGUUUAGGUUCCUUUUCUGCCACAGUCGGCAUCGCUUUAACGGUGAUUAUGUUGGGUGACUCUGGUGUUGGAAAAACUUGUCUGCUUAUACGAUUUUAUGAUGGAAAAUACAUGCCACACUAUUAUAUAACUACAGUAGGCAUUGAUUAUCGGAACAAAGUUGUGGUUGUGGAUGGCACACGCGUCAAAUUGCAAAUUUGGGACACAGCUGGUCAGGAGCGAUUUCGCAGCGUCACCCACACCUAUUAUCGCGAUGCGCACGCACUUCUACUCUUGUAUGACGUCACCAAUAAAACCACUUACGACAACAUUCGCGCUUGGCUGGGCGAGAUCAGAGAUUAUACUCAGGACGAUGUUGUGAUUGUGCUUAUUGGUAACAAGGCAGACUGCAGCAAUAGUGAACGACAAGUGAAACGUGAGGAUGGCGAACGUCUAGCACGUGAGCACAAUGUCCCCUUUAUGGAAACAUCGGCAAAAACUGGAUUGAAUGUAGAACUUGCUUUCUCCGCUGUGGCCAGGCAAUUGAAGUGUCGAGGCACCGUCAAUGGUGAUGAUGGCAAAUUCAAUGUCCACGAUUACGUACGAGAUAAUACACAAGCACGCACAAUGUGUGCACAGUGCAAAUCGAUGUAGACACGGUGGUAACUGGGAAUUAUCACUAGUACAUAUAUGUAUGUACAUAAUUACUUGCCAAAAAAAGUUAUUAAUUAAAAGAAAAAAACUGAAACAAUUGAAUGUAUAAAAUAAAUAUUCAAAGCUUUA